GUAAACGACAUGGGUCCCAUUAGUGCAGUAAGUUGCGCUCGUAUAUGCUGUCAGUAACACUAGUUAGAAGCAUGGGGUAUAAGAAUUUACAUCUGUUGAUCUUGGCUUUCGUCGUGGUCUAUGUCCAAGCUGCGCCGGACAAGACCACAGAUUUAAUCUCAAGCAAUCUGGAGGAAUCGAUAACAAAAAGCCUUACAGACAUGAUGGACACAGACAUAAUGAAAUAUAUUAAAAAAAUGUUUUACAUAUUGUUCAAAAUAAUUAACCAAUUUGCUCCCGAGGAAUAUACAACUGCAAUGACGGAGUCUUACAACUGCUUUUUGGAGUACGAAGAGAAAAUGUUGUCGUGUCUUGUCAAAAUGGUAGUCAAUUUCAUACUAGCAGUAAUGUUUCUGUUCAAACUCAUACCGAAUACUUCUAGCAUGCCUCUAGCUACUAUAUUUGAUAUAAUAAAUUCUAUUGCUUCAUUUAAUUAAAAAUCGUAUAGGAUAAAUCCAAGUCCUAAAAUUACUCAAACACGGUAAAUUAUUUAAACAAAAUUGGCAAGAAUUUUGGAAAUGCGACGCGUAUAUAAGAGUGUUGAUAACAAUAAAAUUCAUUUCAUCAACGAAUAAAUUAUGUUUCUUAUUAUGCACUUCAAUAUAUUUGUUUUAAAUGUCUACCACAAUUGAUCUUAACAAUACAAAUUGAUUGUAAAUUGUAAUAAAAAUAUGUAAUAUGUGUAGCGUAUACAUAUAAAUAUAUGUAAAU